AGUUUUUAAGAGACAUUUGUUAUUGUACAUGUUAUAGUUUCUUUUAUAGAUAUUUUGCUAGUUUGAUAAUAAUCUUCAAUAACUUGGGCUUUGACUAAGCAAUAUUUGGGCACUUCUAUGAUACCAUGCAUUUUGUGCUAAUAUAACUUAACAAAAAACCCUUCAAUUCAGUCUAAAAAGCACUUGUUAAAUGUUAUUUCCUAGUUUUUGUCUUUUUUAAAAAAAUGUUAAUAAAAAUAGUGCCUUAUAGUUUUUGUAAAGCACUGUCUUGCUUGCAUUUGAUAUUAAUCAUAUAUUUAGGCCCUUUCUGAGUAUCUUUAUUCAAGGUAGCAUUCAUAAUAGAACUCUUAAUAUUUUGAAAAGCAUCCCAUAUUAGAGAAAGAAUAACAAGGUUUUUUAUAAUAGUUAGUAAUUGUUGAAUUUAGAAAAAAAAAUUUGGGUUUCUGGUUGCUUUUUAUUAUUUUAGCUAGAAGAGUGGUAAAAAGAAAGUGCUAGGGCCAGGGAUUUGACUCAGUGGCACUGCACCUGACUCGAAAGCACAAGGUCCUGAGUUUGAUCCCCUGUACAAAAAAAAAAAGGAAGUGUUGGUUGUGGUUUGGGUUGAACAGACCAACAGCAAAAACUAGGAGUUGAGAAUGGUGGAAAGUAAAUGCCAGUAGCAUUGACGAUGAAUUUUAAGAGUUUUCAUUUGAAGAGUUGUAGUUCAUUGGUAAGAGGAUGAAAAUGCAUAGUGACUAAGGAGUGACCAACUUCAAGAUUGGGGCUUAUAAAUGGACUCUUCUAUUAGAUGAGAUUUGUCUUUGUGGGAAUUGAUUAGAAAAUAAAGUUUUAAUUUCUUGGUUCUCUUAUCUGCUUUAGUGUUUCAGUAAUGGUUAGCUUGCUUUCAGAUAUCUAGACUUGAAUAUUUGGCUCCUCGAGGGUUCUAUAUGCAAAACUUUGGAAGCUUUCAUUUUGUUGUGCAGAAUCUUUAUAUUAAGUUUCAUCCAAUCCUCAGAGUAGUUACAGGACCAUAAGGGAUUAAGAACCCUAUUCUAGAUCUUUCCUGCUGCUUUUUCAGAGAACAUUUUAGAGAGAAAUAAGUAAGAGUUGACUAGAUUUCUGGACUGACAUUUCCUGAAGCUUUGAAAAGAAAAUAUUUUUUCUAGCAUUUUAAACAGAUUAAGCAGCUAUUUUGUUAAAUGAGUUUUGAUUUAAGUAGGUUUUCUUAAAAUGGGAAUUUUAGUUUGGGAUUAUACAAAGAUUGGGUAGUAAUUGGUAAGUUUAAAUUAAAUGACCUAAUUUUAGCAGCUUCAUUAUUUUAAUCAUGGAUUGAUAAUUUCUUUUUUUGGUACCGGGGAUCAAACUCGGGACCUUGCGCUUGUGAGGCGGGCGCCAGAACCACUGAGCUAAAUCCCUGGCCCUGAUAAUUUCUUUAUGUUGAAUACAGUAUAUUGGUAUCAUUUUUAGUCUGAAUUUUCUUGUGGUCCCACAAUUACUGAUGUAUGCAUUUUUUUUUUCUUGGUAAGGCUUUUCUUUAAAUUUCAUCAUUUUUAGUUGAUGCAUGGCUUGCAUUUAGUCAUGCAAAGUGUUAGCUUUCCUAAAUUUAAAAGAACCAUUUGGCAACGGGUACCUUAUUUUCCUGAUUUUUAUAAUUGUUGUUAAAAUACAUAAGUUGACAGCUGUAUGUUGAAGGGUUCUCAUUAUAGUUAGAUACUCUUUUUUUUUUUUUUUUGUACUGGGGAUCGAACUCGGGACCUUGAGCUUGUGAGACAGGCAGCAGCACCACUGAGCUAAAUCCCUGGCCCUAGUUAGAUAUUCUUUAUAGGGUUACUAAAGCAGUGUUUGGUUUACUGAAAAUGUUAUAAUGAAUGGUGGCCAGUUAAACUAUUUAGUAUGAAAAAGUACUUUCCCUUUUUCACACAACUUAAACUUUUCCUGUUUCUUAAAUCUAAGGUGACACAGCAAAUUUUGGGAUAGAAGUGUAUAAGCUACCAAAUUAAAUGCAUGUGUACCAUAUAGAUAAUUUAAGAAGUAUUUUUAUAUAUUGUGAAGUGACUUGCAUUAACUUUCCCUUUUCACCAGCACCUCCUUGUCAUUUUGACUGCGCUUAAUAAAUCACCCCUAAGUUAGUCUAAAAUAUGCUUAUGUAUACUUUAAUUAAUAUAAAAUUACAUUGCAUGGCUUUCUGACUUGGGUUUUUGUUGUAAAAGUGCCUGUUUUGUUCAUGUGUCCUGAGAGAACAAGCAUUGUGACAUACCUGGCUAACUUAAAAGCAGAUUGCCUGUGAAGUACAAUUUGAGUCCAAUUUUUUGAGAGAUGCUCGAGUGGUAAAAGACAUGGCAACAGGAAAGUCUAAGGGAUAUGGCUUUGUCUCCUUUUUCAACAAAUGGGAUGCCGAAAACGCCAUUCAACAGAUGGGUGGCCAGUGGCUUGGUGGAAGACAAAUCAGAACUAACUGGGCAACCCGAAAGCCUCCAGCUCCCAAGAGUACAUAUGAGUCAAACACUAAACAGCUGUCAUAUGAUGAGGUUGUGAGUCAGUCUAGUCCAAGCAACUGUACUGUGUACUGUGGAGGUGUCACUUCUGGGCUAACAGAACAGCUAAUGCGUCAGACUUUUUCACCGUUUGGACAAAUAAUGGAAAUUCGAGUCUUUCCAGAUAAAGGAUAUUCAUUUGUUCGGUUCAAUUCCCAUGAAAGUGCAGCACAUGCAAUUGUUUCUGUUAAUGGUACUACAAUUGAAGGUCAUGUUGUGAAAUGCUAUUGGGGCAAAGAAACUCUUGAUAUGAUAAAUCCUGUGCAACAGCAGAAUCAAAUUGGAUAUCCACAACCUUAUGGCCAGUGGGGCCAGUGGUAUGGAAAUGCACAACAGAUUGGCCAAUAUAUGCCUAAUGGUUGGCAGGUACCUGCGUAUGGAAUGUAUGGCCAAGCAUGGAACCAGCAGGGAUUUAAUCAGACACAGUCUUCUACACCUUGGAUGGGACCAAAUUAUGGAGUACAGCCGCCUCAGGGGCAGAAUGGCAGCAUGUUGCCUAAUCAACCUGCGGGGUAUCGAGUGGCAGGGUAUGAAACCCAGUGAAAAAGGACUCCAGAAUCUAAAGCCAGUGGCUUGAGGCUACAGGGAGUGUAGUGAAGCCGUUGUUUACUUAAAGAUUUAUCAAAUCAGUCAGUGCAAAUAUCAGAUACAAUGUAUUUAUUUAAAAGAUUCAUUUUUAAUCAUGAAAUUACUUAUCAUCCACAUUGUUUUAAAAAGAAACAAGAUGCUGGAUGUCUGCCAAUUUUUGCCUUCAUUACCUGUUUUGAUAAAGUUUCUCAGAUCCUUGUUUCAAAUACAAAUGCAGGGAUUGCUGCCACUUUUUUUUAAAAGUAAGAGGCAGAAAAUUGCACAAUGUUGAACUUUUUUCCACUAAAGUAGUAUGCAGUUCUAGUUUGCAUUUCUGACAUGAUUUAAAACAUGUAAUAUAAAGAUGUAAAAAAAAAACCAGAAGAAAAACCAAAACUGUGCAAAGUCUCGAAGUUCUUUGUAACCUUCUGCUUCUGCACAAUUCUGUUUUAGGUUUUUAAAAAUGCAUUGUUUGAGUAAUCCCAUUUCCAUUGUUAUCCCUUUAGGGUUUUUAAAUAUAAAUUAUUAGAUUUGCAUCAUUUUGUAUUUACAUUUUUCAAAAAUUUGUCUUGCCUUAUUAAAGUUCUGUAAAAUACACUUAAAUGGAAAAAAAUGAUGUUCACUUAAAUUGAAGACUUUUCUCAGAUGAAUUGAUAAUUGCAUUCAUCUUGUGUUUUAUAUGAGAAGGUGCCUCAAGAAUUCCCUGUUGGAUUUGUUUAAAAGGAUUUAUAUCUUCUGUGAUAAACUUUGCUGUGUACCAGGAACUGUAAAAACAAACCUUGUUACUAAAGAAAAUCUCUGAAAUGUGAUAAGUUCUUAUGCCAUGUUACUUUCCUGUGUCAACCUCUACAUUUACAUGUAUUAUUUCAUUAUGUAAAAUGUUUUAGCAAUUUAAUAUUUUGCACAGUUAGCAAACUUUGUAUGUCGUUUCCUUCUUAAAGGCAACAUGGAGGCUUGACAUGAAGUUUAUAAGUUUUAAGUUGUUUGCAUGUGAAUAUCAAAUACACACUUUGGUAGCUUUUGAGUACAAAGUCAUCUGCUCUUGUUUUUCAAGAAUUUUGAGACACAAAAGUUGUAUGUAAAGGAAUAUAUUAAUUUUCCAUUUUCUAGUUAGAUUUACUUCAGAAGAGUAAAUCAAGUGAAUUUUAAUGUGUACAAAUAAGUGGUAGCUGUGAAAUUGUAGAAUAUCCUUAUGUCAGGCUUGGGGUUCAUUGUAAACUCCAGAAUUAGCCUAAAGGACCAGCUAGGCAAAGCAUUUUUUAAAUGUUCAGAGGCCAAAAGAUAAACAACAACAACAAAAAACCCUUUAAAAUCCUACCUCCUUAAAACAGCCUUCAAAGAAGAAAAUCCUCAGUGCAAUCAUCAUUUUUAUUCUUUUGGUACCUGUUUUCUUGGAGUUCCCAAUGGGAGAGAAAGGGCAGGAUGGCUCCAAGCAUUAAGAGGCUUACUGUUUGAUGGCAUUAUUCUAGCUUUGAAAUUCCUAGUACAUUUCAGUCUCUUAGAAGAGUUGUAGGAGAUGGUUUGGUUUGGUUUUCAGUGAAGGUCAGAAACCAUCUUCUUCCUUAACUCGCAGAGACAGAGGGUCCCCAGUAUAUGUAUUUGAGUGGUUGAUGGUUUUUAAGACCUUCAGAGAGCUCCCAGCAAUUUACUUAACAACAACAGCAACAAAGGUCUGUGAAAUCUUAAGAGCUUCCUGGCCUGUAUCUUCCAGGUAGGAGCAAAGGAUUCUAAGCUGGUCUCUAAGCCAAUACCUUUUAAACCAGAGCCCAGGAAAAACAGCUUAUCAUUCUUUGGAGCUCAAUUCUAUGCAGUUAUACUGAUGUUUCAUUAAGUCACUGUGUAUUUUUAAGUGUUGAUACAUUAAAAGUUGCUUUGUGGGAGAUGAGUAAAAUUUUGGAAUACAUGGAAAUUUUAUUUCCUUGUUAACUUCUACAAAUCAGGGCAUGCAACCAAAAGCAGCUUAAAUGAAAUACUCAAAAGUAAAUAAAUAUCAGGAAACUAUUUUUAGGUUCUUCUGACUUAUGUUUCUAUUUUAGGACCCUCAUUUUUUCUCUUACAAAAAAAAAAAGAUUUUAUUUGCUAUAUAGCUCAUGGACUGCAGGGUGAAUUGUUGGGGAAAAGUAAUUUAAUCUGAAUAAAAGUACAGUUUUCCAUUCAUUUUCGCUAUCUCAAGUAAUAGUUUUUAUUAGCCAGUAUAUUUUCUUACUGUAUAAAUCUUAAAAUGUACAUUGACUACUUUUUGAGAAGUGGUACCAGUAUUCGUGAUGAAAAGGUUACUACUGAACAACUGCACAUUUCAGAAACAUUGCAAACUUGAUUUAAAUCUUAGUGUUAAAGCAAAUGAUUUAAAGAUAUUUUUCAGUCUAAAAAAUUAUACUGGUGUUAGUAUCAGGUAAGGAAAUUGUUCUUAAAGUGAUUUCAUUCUUUGCAAUAUGCAUUCAGAUUUUACUUUCGGAUACUGUAAAGAGCCUAAAGUGAUUCACUCUCAAAUGGGUCAUUAAUCCAAAAUUCUUUACCCUGUUUGGAUAUUAAAGUUCCUUUAUGUUUUCUAUAA